UGGCAUUUCCAAGUUGACCAUCCCUCAACGCCCUGCCCGUUGUGCCCAGUAAGUGCCCGCCCUGGGAGGAUCCAGCAGAGCUCUCCCGCCCGCCCGCUCCUCAGAUAAUAAGGCCGCUACUUAUCUUCGCGCGCUCGUCCACUGCUUCCCUCACCCCCCCUCUCCCCCAUAUUCUCUCUUUGUGCCUUCGCUGUGACUUCUUCCAACGGCCCGGAUACAAACGACUAGCUAGCUCGCGCCCGCCAGCUGCAGUGCCUCACCAUCCCACACCCUACCUACGUACCUAGCUCCUCAACUCGCACACUUUUGUUGCGCUCGCUUCCUUCGGACGAUCGCUUUUCGUCGUAUCAGCCAUAUCAUUCGCGUUCACUCAGUGGACUGCGAUCGAUUUUAUCUUCAGAUUUGAAUCGACCACUCUUCAUCCAGAGCCAUGGUCGAGGCAUUACGCAGGGCAGGAGCUCCUCCCAUGAUCCGGGCCGCAAGCGGAAGAGAGAUCCAUAUUGUCAACUCGCCCGAGCCAGAGCCUUCUUGUCUGCCUUCUCCCCCAGAGCUGUCGCGUACGAGCUCGGUCGCUUCCAGCAACCCAGCCCGCACACCGCCCGAUGUUCGCUACGACCAACUCCUCUCUCCAAAGGACCGGACCGUGACGCUGGCUCCCAUCAUUGCGAACCACUCUCCCGCUGUCUCUUAUCAGCAGCUGCCUUGGCCCACCCACCCGCCAGAUUCCCGUCUGUACCGAACCAACUCCUUUGGCUCAACCUCCUCCGAAGACAAUCCCUAUGCCCUCUCCGGACGGUACGAGUAUCCGCCCACUCUCUCCCAGCACUGGGCCACUCGAGCACCUCCUCCGGCUGCCUUGGACAGCAGGGCCCAACGCGUCGAAGGCGAGAGGAAGCAGUACCCAUGCCCUGAGGCCGUGAAAUUCAAGUGCAACGAACUAUUCACCACAUCCGGUCACGCCUCCCGGCAUUGGAAGAGCGUUCAUCUGAAGAAGAAGGACGCAAAAUGCCCCCAUUGCUCCAAGAUGUUCGGCCGCGUCGACAAUAUGAAGCAACAUAUGCGCACCCACGAAAACGAAGGUCACCGGAGGUCCUCGUCCCGCGCUACACGGCCGUCGGCCGACACUAGGGCGGCGACAUCCAGUUCGAAGAAACGUCGCAGCACAGCACUCCAGAUCGAUACGGAAGGAGCCGCGCCAUCCUUCCUUCCGUCGCCCUCUUCUCUUCGCUCUACAUCCUCCCUUCCAUCGACCCCUCCAACGCCCAUGGAUCACUCGUUCGGUGCUGGCUCCGGCAUGAUCAGUCCUCUGGCACUGCAGCCUCCAGAGCAGCAACAGUGCGGUACACAUUUCUUGAUGCGUCCCGAGCUGCGUCGUGGCGUUCCCUACGGGCUCGAGCCUGCAGUAGCUCCUCGCAUCCCGCUCCCCGUAUACUGAAACCCGAAGGCGAACCACCAGACGGCGGAUGCGGCAAUCGUAGGUCCAUCUCUCUGAGAUUGGUACCAAGCAGUCCAAUUCCCCGCUCACGUGACCAUGCCUUCGUUAUCCACUACUACGCCACUACUACCCCUUAAUGUCUUUUUAAUCCCCUCGGUACGACUCCGUCUACACGGUUAGAAAGACUACGCUGUCAUGGCGCUAUUUCUAUUAUUCUUUUCCCCAAUAUC